UUUUACUCACAACAAAUUAUAAACCUGACUGUCCGACACAUUUUCAAUACUCUUUCUCCAUCCAUGGCAACCCAACUACAAAACAUUCCAUUCUUGCUUGAAAAAAAAGAUGUUAUCAUCAUUAAACCUGCAAAAUCUACCCCUUCUGAAGUUCUUUCGUUCUCCGCCAUCGACAACGAUCCCAACCUCGAAAUUCUAUGCCAAACCAUCUAUGCAUACAAAGCCAACCCUAUUUCCACUAAUGGAAAUGCUCAUCACCAUCACCCUCAUCACCCUGACCCUGCAUCUCUCAUUAAAACCGCAAUCUCCAACGCGUUGGUGCACUACUAUCCGCUCGCCGGAAAGCUAAAGAGGAAUGUCAAAGGUGAUAGAAAACUUUCCAUGACUUGUAAUGGUGAUGGUGUCCCAUUUUUAGAAGCAACUGCUAACUGUAAACUUUCUUCUUUGAAUUACUUGGAUGGUAUUGAUGUUCAAAUUGCUAAACAAUUUGUCUUUGAUAUUGCAUCAAAUAGUGAGUGUGGAGGUUACUUCCCACUAGUGUUUCAAGUGACUAAAUUUUCAUGUGGGGGUUUUACUAUAGGGAUGGGGUUAUCACACUCAGUGGCUGAUGGGUUUGGUGCAGCUCAGAUUUUCAGAGCCAUUUGUGAGUUUGCUAGUGGGAAAAGUGAGCCUACGGUGAAACCAAUAUGGGAAAGGGAGAGGCUAACUACAAGCAAAACUACUAAAAACCAACCAUCCAAAAUGAUCCCUAUUGAUAACCCUUUCUUUGGUUUAGCAAAAUCACCCUAUAUGCCAACUAAUGAAAUAGUCCAUGAGUGUUUUUGCAUAAAAAGUGAGACUAUAAGAAAUUUGAAAAAUAACCUAAUGAAAGAAUGCGGAAACGGAGAUUCGAAAGAACGAGAAACGAGUACUUUCACUACAGUUGAAGUACUCGGCGCGUAUAUAUGGAGGUCUCGAGUUCGAGCGUUUAAGUUUAACCUAGAGGAGAAAACUUUAUUCUCUUUAACUAUGGGGGUUAGACAACUUUUGACUAACCCACCUUUACCUAGUGGGUACUAUGGGAAUGCAUUUGUGCCAUCAAAUGUGGUUUUAGUAGGUAAGAAACUCAAUGAAGGGCCACUUUCUGAUGUGGUAAAGCUCAUAAAAGAGAGCAAGAAAAAAUGUGCAAAUGAAGAGUAUAUUAGGGAGCACAUAGAGAUAAUGGAGAAAUUGGUGGAGCUUAAUAUUAAAGUUGAGGGUGGUAAUGGUGCAACUAUGGUUCUAACAGAUUGGAGACAAUUGGGUUUGCUAGAGAAGGAAGAUUUUGGAUGGAAGGAUCCAGUGAACAUAAUUCCAGUGCCAUGGGCUAUGUUUGGUUAUGUGGAUUUGUGUAUUUUUAUGCCUCCAAGUAAUUUGGACCCAUCAAUGAAAGGUGGAGUUAGAGUUCUUGUUUCUCUACCAAAGGAUGUUAUGCCUAAGUUUAAGGAAGAAAUGGAUGGUCUCUUGCAUCUUGGAAAUGAUAGUUAAUUAGUGCUCAUGAUCUCUAUAUUGCCAUUAUAAGUUUGGUAUGGUAUUUAAUCUAUAGUGUACUUUAGUAUAACCUCCUUAUUAAGUGGAUUUGUAUUUAUGGAUUAAGUGGAUUUGUAUUUAUGGAUUUAGUUAUUAGUAGAUUGUAUGGUUAAAGUGAAUUGCAAGAAAUUUGUGGUUCGUUUAUAAAUGAAUGUAAUUGUAUUUGACUUAUUUAGUAAUUUUACUUUGUGAUAUUUGUGGAAUCAA